AUGAAGGUUCGAAAAGCCUCGCACCGAUCACUUCUCGUCGGUCUGAAGUCGGCAAUCCGCAUAAUCGUGCCUAUCAGAAACGUAAUUGUCAGCCUGUCCGUACGGAGAACCAGGAACGGUGCUCCGUCUCUGGCAAGCCUCCUCGCCCCCUUAUUAUUCCCGCUUCGCGCUUCGCUCGUUCCUUGCAGUUAUCUAUAUAGUACUCACGCCGUGUCUGGUUACGCGAUCGGAUUGGGCGCUUCCCCCCCCUGUCUUCGUUCAACGUUGCGUUGGAAAUUUCUGAAUGGGCUGGACGGCAAGAAUUGUUAUCCUUUGUUGAGAGCCCACCCUCCAUCCGCCCAAGCAACAUUGGAAGCUGAUGCGAAGCUGACGUUGGACUUUUCCCAUUCGCUCGGCAUCAGCCCACGAAAACGAAAGGUUGCAAGUCCAGCCCGACAUGGCAGGGAUUCUCUCCCUCUCUGUCUCUCUUCUUGCAGAUCGAACUCUUGGGAUGGGCAAAUUCUCGAUAUGGCUGUUGGGCCUAGUAGUCUUCCACUUCUUACUUGUGCUCUCUUUUCCUCUUUGGUACUUUCCGGGUCGCGCGCCGGGGUUCUUGGUAUUCGAUGCACGUCAUUCUUGAAGAAGUUUCUAUGGGAAAUGAAGCCUUGGCGAUGUCCGGGCGAGUGCGAGAAAACGGCCCCCACGAUAAAUCUCGUAAAGCCACCAACCAGGACCAAAAGUCCGGAACUUUUUCUAAUUGCUGCGGUUGAGGCUGACCAAGGAAUGGGGAGUGUGGCUCCCGCGCAUGCGCCGUGCAGCCACACAUGUUCCAACGGCCUCUCUGCCACCCUGCGUCGAUGCCCUCGCAUGCACAAUGUGGGUCGUAGCAAGGCAGCCAAAAGUCCGGCGUAUUAG